AUGGGGCAGUACAUCCUUGCGAGUCUCGGCUUGCUGGCUGUGGCUUUAUCCCUGGGUGGAACUGGAGCCGAUGUCCUUUGUCCCUAUGAUUGGGUUUCCCACAAUGAUUCUUGCUACAAACUCUUCACCCGUUGGAUGUCCUGGGACGAUGCGCAGAGGACCUGCCAAGAGGCACAGGAAAAUGGCCAACUGGCCUCCAUCAAAGACGUGGAAGGGGCAGCGAAGCUGUCCAAGUACCUCAGGGAAAACCGGAGACUACGCCUUGAUGCCUGGAUCGGACUGAGGCUUUCAAAGAUAAACAAUAAAUGGGAGUGGAGUGAUGGCUCCAAUGUCACCUACGUAUCCUGGGAAAAAGGACAACCGGACAACUUUUUGAAACUGGAGUUCUGUGCUGUGGUGUCAUCCAAAUCACAGUUUAUGGAAUGGAACGAUAAGCCAUGCGGGUUUCCACAUCGUUUUGUCUGCAAGUUCCAGCCCCGGCGUGUGGCAAGCAGCGGAUGA